CAGGAAGUCACGUGCUCCCGGGUGUCACGGGGAAAGGAGGCAGGCGGGGUUGGUGGUCAUCCCUGGAUAGGACGGUGAUGGCGGCGACUACUGAGACUCAGUCCCCGGACUGGGAGUUUGAUCGCUUCGAUGACGGCUCUCAGAAAAUUCAUGCCGAGGUCCAGUUAAAAAACUAUGGUAAAUUUCUGGAGGAAUAUACAUCUCAGCUUCGCAGGAUUGAAAAUGCCCUGGAUGACUCCAUUGGGGAUGUGUGGGACUUCAGUCUGGAUCCCGUAGCGCUGAAGCUUGUGCCAUAUGAGCAAUCUUCUCUCCUGGAGCUCAUCAGAACAGAAAACAAGGUUUUAAAUAAAGUUAUAACCGUAUAUGCUGCUUUGUGCUGUGAAAUUAAGAAAUUAAAGUAUGAGGCAGAAACAAAGUUCUAUAAUGGUCUAUUAUUCUAUGGGGAAGGAGCUGCAGAAUCCAGUAUUGUGGAGGGAGAUUCCCAGAUUCAGAUGGGAAGGUUUGUUUCAUUCCUACAGGAGCUUUCAUGUUUUGUUACAAGAUGUUACGAGGUUGUAAUGAAUGUUGUCCAUCAGUUAGCAUCCUUGUACACAAGCAGCAGGAAUGAAUCAAAGAUAAUUGAAACAUCAGGAGUUCAUUUUCUGACAAUGUAUGAACACUUAGGAGAGCUGCUGACUGUUCUGCUUACUCUGGAUGAAAUAAUUGAAAACCAUGCCGCAUUAAAGGAUCACUGGACAAUGUACAAAAGGUUAUUAAAAUCUGUACAUCAUAACCCGGUGAAAUUUGGAAUUCGGGAGGAUAAACUGAAACCUUUUGAGAAGCUGCUGUUAAAACUGGAAAGUCAGUUGCUUGAUGGCGUCUUGUUCCAGGGCUGUGUUGAACAACAGUUUGACUCCUCCAAUGGGGGAGUAUCUGUCUCAAAGAAUGGAACCUUUGCUGAAGAGUUUGCACAUAACAUUCGCACAAUAUUUUCUAAUGUGGAAGUUAAACUAGGAGAAGCCUCUGAAAUCGAUCAGCGGGAGCGAUAUGUGGGGCUCUGUGGCCUUUUUGUACUUCACUUUCAUAUAUUUCGGAGCGUGGACAAAAAGCUUUACAAGUCUCUCCUGGAUGUGUGUAAGAAGGUCCCGGCAAUCACUCUAACAGCCAACAUUAUUUGGUAUGCUGAUAGUUUUCUAAUCCAGAAGGUACCAGCUGCAGCCAAACUGAUGGACCGGAAGAGCCUACUUGCUAUUAAGUCUCAGAGAGAAACUUUUCUACAGACUAAGGCCCAGUCACUUACCAAAGAUGUCCAGUCGUACUAUGUGUUUGUAACCUCUUGGAUGAUGAAAAUGGAAUCUAUUUUGUCAAAAGAACAGAAGGCAGAAAAAUUUGCAGAAGACCUGACUAGCAGAUGUAAUGUAUUUGUACAGGGAUUUCUUUAUGCUUGUGGCCUUAGCAACAUCAUUAAAACAACAAUGAAUCUCUACAUGUCUAUGCAGAAGCCAAUGACCAAAACAUCUUUGAAAGCAUUGUGCAGGCUUGUGGAGCUUCUCAAGGCAAUUGAGCACACCUUCCACAGAAGGAGCAUGGUUGUGGCGGAUUCCGUAACUCAUAUCACUCAGUAUUUACAACAUCAAGCACUGAAUGCUAUUGCAGUUGCAAAGAAGCGGGUAAUUUCAGACAAGAAAUACAGCGAGCAGCGAUUGGACGUUCUUUCUGCACUGGUACUGGCAGAGAAUACACUAAAUGGACCAAGCACAAGACAGCGAAGGCUUGUGGUGUCACUAGCGCUAAGUGUUGGGACACAGAUGAAAACGUUUAAGGAUGAAGAGCUUUUGCCUCUGCAGCUUGUUAUGAAGAAACUAGACCUCAUAAGUGAAUUACGGGAAAGAGUGCGAGUUCAGUGUGACUGCUGUUUUCUGUACUGGCAUCGGGCAGUUUUUCCCAUCUACCUGGAUGAUGUGUAUGAAAAUGCAGUUGAUGCUUCUAGGUUACAUUAUAUGUUCAGUGCUUUGUGGAGCUGUGUCCCUGCAAUGAUGCAUGCCAGGCACUUGGAGUCCCAUGAAGUGUUGCUGACGAGUUAUGAGAAGGAAAUAAUGGAUGUUUUAAAUGAGCAUUUAUUAGACAAACUGUGUAAAGAAAUUGAGAAAGAUCUUCGGCUGUCAGUCCAUACUCACCUGCAGCUAGAUGAAAGGAAUCCAUUCAAAACCGGGAUGAAGGACCUGGCCCAUUUCUUUUUCUUGACUCCAGUUCGUUUCUUCGACAGGUUCAUUGACAUCAAAGCUUAUGUCACACAUUAUUUGGAUAAAACCUUCUAUAACCUGACAACUGUAGCCCUCCAUGAUUGGGCCACUUAUAGCGAGAUGAGAAACUUGGCGACCCAGCGCUAUGGUUUAACGAUGACUGAGCCUCAUUUGCCAAGCCAGACAUUAGAGCAGGGCCUAGAUGUUCUGGAAAUUAUGAGGAACAUUCAUGUAUUUGUGUCUCGCUAUUUGUACAACCUCAAUAACCAGAUAUUUGUAGAGAGGACCAGCAACAACAAACACCUGAACACCAUCAAUAUCCGGCACAUUGCCAAUUCUAUCCGAACACAUGGCACAGGAAUCAUGAGUACAACGGUCAAUUUUACAUACCAGUUUCUGAGGAAGAAGUUUUAUAUAUUUAGCCAGUUCAUGUAUGAUGAGCACAUCAAAUCCAGGCUGAUCAAGGACAUUCGACAUUUUAGAGAAGUGAAGGACCAAAAUGAGCAAAAGUAUCCUUAUGAACGGGCAGAAAAAUUCAACCGCGGAAUCCGGAAGCUCGGGCUCACCCCAGAGGGACAGAGCUAUCUUGAUCAGUUCCGACAGCUUAUUAGCCAAAUAGGAAAUGCCAUGGGUUAUGUGAGGAUGAUUCGGUCUGGUGGUCUCCACUGCUGCAGCAAUGCAAUAAGAUUCGUUCCAGACUUGGAAGACAUAGUUAAUUUUGAAGAGCUUGUGAAAGAGGAGGGUCUGUCGGAGGAAACACAGAAGGCUGCAAGACAACUGGACUCUGUUCUGAGCGAUCUCACCCGGAAUUCAGCAGAAGGUACAGAAUAUUUCAAAAUGCUUGUGGACGUGUUUGCUCCUGAAUUUCGCAGUGCAAAGAACAUUCAUCUCCGAAACUUCUACAGCAUUGUUCCACCUCUGACACUCAACUUUGUUGAGCAUUCAAUAAAUUGCAAGGAGAAACUCAACAAGAAGAACAAAGUUGGUGCUGCCUUUACCGAUGAUGGAUUUGCAAUGGGUGUUGCAUACAUUUUGAAACUACUGGAUCAGUACCAGGAAUUUGACUCAUUACACUGGUUCCAGUCUGUGCGAGAAAAGUACAUGAAGGAGAAAAGAGCCGUUUCCAAACAACAGAAUGUACAGUCUAAUAAUCAAGAUGAAAAACUGCUCCAGACAAUGAACUUGACGCAGAAGAGACUGGACAUCUAUCUCCAGGAGUUUGAACUACUUUACUUCUCGCUGAGUAGUGCAAGAAUUUUCUUUAGAGCUGAUAAAACGGCCGCUGAAGAAAACUUGGAGAAGAAAGAGAAGGAAGAGUCUUCUAAAGCAAAUGACACAAUUCCAAAUAAUUCCUCCGCCUCAGACUCCGUUAUGAAGUGAGCUCACCUCCGGAGCCCCAAGAAUAUAUCAUCUCUCAGCUUGGAUGCAUUAAAUGCAAGAGACUGGAAGCAGACAUUGCACUUCACACACAGCUCUGAUCACUGUGAUUCCCAGGAACAUAUAAAGUGUGUGCACAGUUAUCCAGCGUUAACUGUGAAAGACAUUAGGCAGAGCUAGGAAAUAGACUCCAGAUAUUUUGGGAAAAGUAAUUGGUGCGUCCUUAAAGAUUUUAAUGUAAACAUCUCAGAAUACAGGGAUCCUAAGACUGGAACAGCCACAGACCGAUGCAACACGGCAGUGAAUCUACUUGGUGAAAUUCACAUAAAUGAAGUUACAGACAUAUAUAUCUGAGAGAAGGUUAUCAGUUUGUAUAUGUGUACAUGUGCACUUUUUGUACAUCAAUUAAGUAUUGUAAAUGUCGUAUCUUCAUAUGUAAAAAUGUAUAAAAUAUAUACAUUAUUUCAACCUGC